CUACUAUCUGAUUGGUGCAGCGCUUUAGCGGGUGUUUCAGCUUCUUCCGUGUUUGUCUCGGAGCUGUAGUGGGUCGGGGCUUUCCGAUUCGCGUGUUUGUGUUCAUUAAUUCAGUAUUUAUAUUUACUUACCGGAAUUAAACCGAAUAAAUCACACGAUGAUGGAGGAGGAACAGAUAACGGAACAGUUUAAUCGGUCUUUGAAUAUCAAUGAUGCUGACAGUGAGGAGAAAUAUAACAGGUUCAGACAGCAGGGGAAGGAGGCAGCUCAGCGAGGUGAUCUGGAACUUUCUCUGCGUUUUUUCCGUCAAGCGUUUGAUCUGCGGCCAAGCGACAAAAUGCAGAGUCGAAUCCAGCGAUUGGAGGAAGCCAUAAAGGAGCUUAACGCAUCAGAGGAAGAGGAUGAGUUUGAGGACGUGCUCGGCAGUGGGUUGAUGAUGUAUAAAGGACUUUAUGAUCAGCUGUAUGAGCACCAGAAAGAGGGUGUGGCCUUUCUGUACAGUCUGCACAGGGACGGGCGCGGUGGCGGGAUCCUUGCUGACGACAUGGGCCUGGGCAAGACGGUGCAGGUCAUCAGCUUUCUGUCGGCGAUGUAUGAUGCCGAGCUGACCAAUCACACGCUUCUCGUUAUGCCCACCUCCCUCAUCAAGAACUGGCUUAGUGAAUUUAAGCGCUGGACACCUGGUCUGCGUGUCAAAGAGUUUCAUGGCACCAGUAAAUCAGAGCGCAGCCGGAACCUGGAGCGAAUCCAACGAGGGAGUGGAGCCAUCAUCACCACCUAUCAAAUGCUAAUUAAUAAUUGGCAGCAGCUGGCAUCAUUCGGAGGGCAAGAGUUCUUCUGGGAUUACAUCAUCCUAGACGAAGCCCACAAGAUCAAAAGCUCAUCAACAAAAACUGCGAAGAGUGUGAGUGCAGUUCCGGCACGGCACCGCCUCCUGCUCACCGGCACUCCUGUCCAGAACAACCUGCGGGAGAUGUGGGCGCUGUUUGACUUUGCCUGCCAGGGUGCAUUGCUAGGGAGCGCCAAGACUUUUAAAGCAGAGUAUGAGAACCCAAUCACACGGGCGAGGGAGAAAGACGCCACGCCUGGAGAGAAAGCGCUUGGGCUUAAAAUCUCGCAGAACCUGACCGAGAUUAUCAGGCCAUACUUCCUGCGCAGGACCAAAGCUGAGGUACAGAAUAGGAAGCAGCUUGUACACAGAACCAAAGAGGAAGAUCAGGAACAGGAAGUUCGGAAUCAGGAGAGUGCUAGAGUGAAUGAGAUCCCAUCUCUAACGCGUAAGACAGAUCUGAUUGUGUGGACUUACCUGAGUGAUGUUCAGGAGGACAUCUAUAGACAGUUCAUCUCUCUGGACCACAUCAAAGAGCUGCUGACCACCACACGCUCGCCACUAGCAGAGCUCACUGUGCUCAAAAAGCUCUGUGACCAUCCCAGAUUGCUCUCUGCCCGAGCCGUUACCCAGCUUGGACUCGGGGCGGGGUCAGCCGACUUCCACGAAGAUGAUGGCCAAUCAACUGCGAGCAGCAUUGUGGGCGUGACUGAUGAGACGCUGAUCAGUGAGUCGGGAAAGCUGCGUUUCCUGCUGAAUCUAAUGGAGAGUCUGAGGGAUGAGGGCAAGCGCACACUCGUCUUCUCCCAGUCCAGGAAGAUGCUGGACAUCAUUGAGCGUGUGCUGACCAACAGGAAGUUCCAUCUGUUGCGUGUGGACGGCACCAUCACGCAACUCGCUGAGAGAGAAAGACGCAUUGCUCUCUUUCAGACAGAUGCACGCUACUCUGUCUUUCUGCUGACCACACAGGUGGGCGGUGUCGGCCUCACCCUCACCGCUGCCAACAGGGUGGUGAUCUUCGACCCCAGUUGGAACCCCGCGACGGACGCGCAAGCAGUAGACCGAGCGUACCGUAUUGGCCAGACAAACGACGUCAUCAUCUACAGACUCAUCACCUGUGGAACUGUGGAGGAGAAGAUCUUCAGACGACAGGUAUUUAAGGACUCUUUGAUCCGCCAGACGACAGGGGAUAAGAAGAACCCAUUUCGGUACUUCACUAAGCACGAACUGAAGGAGCUUUUCACACUGGAGGACACACACUCGUCCUCCACUCAGCUGCAGCUGCAGUCGCUCCACUCGUCUGUGUGCCGCUCUGACCCUGAGCUGCAGUGCCACAUCUCUGCUCUGAAGGGCAUGAAUAUGUUUGGCGUAUCCCGUCACGACCUGCUGUUCUCGAAUGAGGAGGAUGAGGAAACGCUGCAGGACGAGGAGACGCAUUACAUUGACCAGCGUGUGCAGAAAGCACAGGAGCUCGUCCAGGCCGAGUCACAGCUACACAGCCUCAUGAUAGACAGUGUCAAUCAGAACACAGAACCCGCUUGGCUCCGGCAGUCACGGCAACGGGGCCCAGACCAACGGGGCCCAGACCAACACAUGGCGAUGGGCGAUGGCAAAACCACGCCCCCCUGCCAUAACCUCAGCCCACCUGCUGUGGUGGACCUCACCCAAUCAGGAUCAGAUGAGCUGGAGAUGAUGAGCGUGGACGGAGAGAUGCAGGUGAAGGACGAGCGUGUGAUAGAUUUAUCUACACAGGUGAUAGAGGACAGGUUUAUUGAACAAGUGUUUAAGAGCAUUAAUGAUGAGCAGAGUUUAAUCAUAGAGGAGAAAUCCCAUCACACACCCUCUCACUCAAAUCAGAUCAUACACAUCUCUCCCUUCAAACAAUCAGAUCCAUCUGUAGCUCUUUUGGGGAUGGAGUCAAAAAUACCCGAAGCACUUUCUGAGGUGGAGUUGGAUUCACCUAAAGCCUGUGUUGAGGCUGACUCUGAUGUAUUUAAUGCUCUGUUGGGAGUGGGGUUAGAUUCAUCUAUAGCGCCAAUGGCAAAGUCAGAUUUGUCCAAAUCUAUGGUUGGGGUGGAGUCUGACUCAAAAGAACUGAUGGGGGCAGAGUCUUUCCAAGGGAACUUUAAUCUGCAGCUGGAGGACAGUGCAGAGCUGCUCUCAGAGGACAGGCAGGAGGAGGUGGAUCAGGAAGAGGCGGAAUUAAGUACAGGGGGUGAAGACUUCCAGCUGCAGAUGGAUGACACUAGAGAGAGAAUCAAUGAGAGUAACUAUGACAGCAUGAGGCAGAAGUCAGUAGUUUCCACGUCGGCAGAUGAGUCGCUCCUCUGGCCCAGGAAGAAGAAAAAACUACGAGUCAUCUACGAUAGUGAGGAAGAGGGCCAUGAAGAAGCGGAGGUGGAGAAACCUGUUUUGGCUAGCAGUCCUUUAUCUGGCAGCUUCAUGGGCCUCGGAUCUUCCACCCCCAAAUCUAUGCUGAAUAAUGGCACCAACCGCAGAUGCAGCAUGAACACAUCAACUGCAUCACGACUCUCACUAGUAGAGUCACUGCUGCAGGACAUGGAGGAAGAAGAGGAGGAGCCAGAUGAGGGGGAGGAGCCAGAGGACAAGCCAGAGGAGGAGGGCAGCUCUGAAGGGGUGGUGCUUAGCCAAGUAUCUGAAGCCAGUGGAACAUAUGCUGAUGAAUCUGUGCUGGAGGAGGCAGAGCCUAGCGGAGAAACACUAAAUUCAGAACACAUGAGUGAGUGUGAAGAGGAAGAGUGUGAGGAGGAAGAGGAAGAAUGUGAGGAGGACAAGGAAGGUGAUGGCGUAAAGGGUUUCACUGAUGAGUCCACUGAUGUUGAACUGGCCUCUAGUGAAGUUUUGGAUCAGUGUGCACACACUGAAGAACUGAGUCCAAAUGAUGUCAAACAUCCAGAGGAAACAUUUGACUCACUGGUGCAUUCUGGGAAACGGUGUUUGGCUGAAGGGAGGAAGCAGGAAGCACUGGAUUUUUUUCUGAAGGCCAUUGACAUUAACACUGGGGACACUGAGAUACAACUGCUCAUCAUCCAACUGUACAGACACCUGAGUCACUGACUCAUACACAUUAUGAUAAUGUGAUAUUAUUAUGGUGCCAACUCGUGUGUGUUCGUGUGUGUGUCUCACUGGUCAACACACACAAACAGCUGAUUUGAUAAUAUUUUCACUUUUAUUCCUUUUUCAAUUGUUUGUAAAAAAAAAUUUUUGAAUAAAAAUACAUGUUGGAAUUUA